ACAGAGGGAGCCACCAUGUCACAUUGCCGCCGAGGUGAAUGUGCAUGUGGAGAAAGAAAGGAGGAAGAGGAACAAUCUGUUCGCUUGCUCACAAUUUCUCUUUUUCUUUCUCACUCUCUAUCCCUCAACCUUGCUCUCUCUUGCCUUCUUGGCUCCCUGUUCUCAGUGGAGGCCAUGAGAAGAAAGCAGCCCACUGGUCUUGCUAAAGGAAGCAUUUACAAAGGUGAAGAACCAUCUAAUAAAGGACUGGACCUGGCAAACAGUGGAGAAACAGAUGGAGAAAAAGUGGUAAUGGAAAGGCUGGUCUCUUCUCCUGUUGCAGAACCAAAGCUUAAUGGCACUGAAUGUGACAACACAAGGCACAGCAGCCCGACAUACAGUCCUACAACAGGCCACAGCAAGGCGUUAUCGUUGGUAAAUGAGAAUGGUAUGUUGGACAUAGAGACACCACACGGUUCUGUUACUGGGAGCAAUGGAUUUAUUCUCAUUAAGCCGCAACAGGAGGACAGCUCUGAAGCCACGCCUGGUUUGCCAGUGUCCCCUCACAGGACUAGCAGGCCACCUUCUAACGCCACCACUGGGCUACACUUGCCCAAACCUCCCCCUCCCUCAGUCUCUGGGUCUCCUCAGACGCUAGGUGACAUAAGGACUGACCCUGUUACAGGAACUACAUCAGGGGAGGAGACAAUAGACUUUAAAAAUGACACUGCCCCAACCACCACAGCUUCAGCAACCAUCAUGAUACACAGAGCUCGCAAAACCAUGUCCAGGCCUGCUGUCACUCUCGAACAAAAGCUUCUCAAGAAGGAAUUAAGAGAAGCAAACAAUACCAAAAUGGAGACUUUGGUUUCAUCCGACACACCGAAACCUUCACAGCAGUGCUCAACAGAGAACCAUCUACCUCAGAAUCCUUCGGAUUUGCAAGCUUCAGCACAAACCGCUUCAUCUGCUUCACCAGCAACUCCUGUAGUUUCUUCCUCUCCACUGACAUCAACGCCAGCCAAGCUCCAACACGGUCACACAGGCUUCUUUACAGGAGGGUUGUCUUUGCGUAAGAAGAAGAGACGGAUGGGAACUUAUAGCCUAGUACCUAAGAAGAAACCUAAAAUUCUUCGGCAGACAACAAUGCUGGAAAUGUUUAACCGUGUACACCCGAAUUCCAAGAGCCCUGAGACAAAUAUAAACGUAAAUGGAGAGAAGAUUGCACAUGCAUCUGAGGAAGAGGAGGAGUCGGAGGCGGAGUCGGAGGAGUCGGAUUCUGAGGAAGAGCAGUUGCAAGGAGAGGAACUUGGCGUUGAUGUCCAACAAGCAAAUCCAACGAUUGGGUCCAUCUCUCAGCCGGAGACUGAGCAGGAGGAAUCAGGGGAAUCUGGAGAAGAUGGAGAGGAGGAAGGCACAGAGUCAUACUUGAGCACAGAAUGUAGUCUAAAGAAGAAGUUAAAGAAGAAAACAAAAGGAGACAAUGCUUGGCUCAGGCCGUCCAGGAAGCACAAGAGGAAUGUUAAGGUCAAAGGUGUACUACAUUCAAGUUGUAGAAGCUACUCAAGGAUGAUCAGUGGAAAUCAGAUGCAACUGAGCUUGAGUUUGAGUGUCAUAGCAAAAGAAUCAGAGGCCUUGGCUGAACCUCCAGCUUCAUUUCUGAUGCACACAGAAGACAGGAAUGAAAACUCCCAGAUAACACCACCUGACAAACUCUGCAAUCUUCGUGAGCCUGACGCUACUUUAGAGGGCAAAGAGACGUCAAGUUCAACAGUGGAGGAGGCUCAGGAGCUGCCUUUGUGCAGCUGCCGCAUGGAGACCCCCAAGAGUCGAGAGAUUCUCAUCCUGGCAGACAGGAAGUGCAUGGCUACUGAGAGUGUUGAUGGACAACUGACCCGCUGCCAGGGUGCUGUCUUGAAACAAGAAAUGAUGCGACCUUCCAACUCUGUUCAGCUGCUAGUUCUAUGUGAGGACCACCGCAAUGGCAUGGUCAAGCACCAGUGCUGCCCUGGGUGUGGCUUCUUCUGCAGGGCUGGGACCUUCAUGGAGUGCCAACCAGACAUCAACAUCUCACAUCGCUUUCACUGUGCCUGUGCCUCAGUGCUGAAAGGUCAAAGCUUCUGCCCCCACUGUGGGGAGGAGGCCAGCAAGGCCAAGGAGGUUACCAUCGCCAAGGCUGACACGACCUCCACUGUACCCCCCACACUUGCUCACGGACCAGCUCCGCCCGGAGCCCUUGAGGGCCGAGCAGACACCACUACUGGGAGCUCUUUACGCCCAGGUGUGGCAGGUGAUGGCAAUGGGAGAGCAGACAGCUCGCUUUGCAUUGGUUUAGUAUCCGGGUUAGACUCCCUUGCUGUUCCCGGAUCCUCCAUGUGCUCAGAACUGAAGGCCGAUAUUGAAGCAGGAGCCUCAUCUCCCGUUUUCCAGGGACCACCACGAGAAACUCUUGAAAGCAUUCUGGUUGCUCUUGACACAGAGAAACCCAAGAAGCUGCGUUUUCACCCAAAGCAACUUUACCUCUCAGCCAAACAAGGAGAGCUUAAGAAGGUUGUGCUCAUGCUGGUGGAUGGUAUUGACCCCAACUUUAAAAUGGACUCGCAGAACAAACGCACCCCUCUCCAUGCUGCAGCUGAGGGAGGACAUCAGGAAAUCUGCCAUAUGCUUGUGCAAGCUGGUGCAAACUUGGAAACUUGCGACGAAGAUCAUCGAACACCGCUGAUGGAUGCCUGUGAAAACAACCACAUAGAGACGGCCAUGUACCUGCUGAGAGCUGGAGCCAGCGCUGUGCACAAGGAUGUUGAAGGGUUCACAUGUCUCCAUCUAGCGGCCAAGUCUGGUCAUGACAAUAUUGUUGAAUAUCUUCUUUGCACAGGAUACGUCAACAUAAACUGCCAGGAUGAUGGAGGUUGGACAGCCAUGAUUUGGGCCACAGAGUACAAACAUGUGGACCAGGUCAAGUUGCUUCUGUCCAAAGGAGCUGACAUCAGCAUCAGGGAUAAGGAAGAAAACAUCUGUCUUCACUGGGCAGCGUUCUCUGGCAGUGUUGAGAUUGCCACGCUGCUCCUGGAUGCAAACUGCGAUCUCCACGCAGUAAAUAUCCACGGGGACUCUCCUCUACACAUAGCUGCUCGGGAGAAUCGCCUGGAUUGUGUUGUGCUUUUCCUAUCUCGAGGGGCAGAUGUUUCCCGAAAGAACCGUGAAGGAGAAGCCCCUUCAGACUGCUGCAGCCACAACUCAAAAACUUUUGCUGCCCUGCAGGCCAACAGGAGAGAGAAGGACGCCAAGAACGUCAGGUUCAUUCAAGCACAGGAAAAAAGCCUUCACAGUGAUAUUGCUCUCGGGCAGGAGAGAGUUCCCCUUCCAUGUGUCAAUGCUGUUGACAGUGAACCUCACCCAGAUGACUACAAGUACAUUCUUGAAAACUGUGUCACCUCCCCGAUGAACAUUGAUAGAAACAUCACACACUUGCAGUACUGCGUUUGCAAGGAAGACUGUUCUUCAAGUGUCUGCAUGUGUGGACAGCUCAGUCUGCGUUGCUGGUAUGAUACGGGCGGUUGUCUUCUACCUGAAUUCUGCCGCGAGGAGCCCCCUCUUAUCUUUGAGUGUAACCAUGCUUGUUCCUGUUGGAGGACCUGCAGGAACAGGGUGGUGCAAAAUGGACUCAGGACCAGGCUUGAGCUCUUUAGGACCAGUAAGAAGGGCUGGGGUGUCCGAGCGCGUCAAGACGUACCACAAGGGACCUUUGUGUGCGAGUACGUAGGUGAGAUCAUCUCUGAAGCAGAAGCUGAGAUGAGGCAAAACGAUGCCUACCUCUUCAGUUUAGAUGAUAAGCCACAAGAUCUUUACUGCAUCGAUGCUCGUUUCUAUGGAAACAUCAGCCGGUUCCUUAACCACAUGUGCGAGCCCAACUUGUUUGCCUGCAGAGUGUUCACCACACACCAGGACCUGCGUUUCCCACACAUUGCCUUCUUUGCUAGUGAAAACAUCAAGGCAGGAGAAGAGCUGGGAUUUAAUUACGGUGACCACUUUUGGGAAGUGAAAAGCAAGGUGUUCAGCUGCGAAUGUGGCUCCUCCAAGUGCAAGUACUCGUCUGCGGCCAUGACGUCGCUGCAGGCGGACAGCACGCCAGAGAACCAGCAGCAGCCCAGCGCCUCCCCUGACACCAGCUCCUCCAAUGGUCCCUCCAGCCCCUCUUAGAAGUCGUAUUUACACACGCGUCGCUUCUCAUGGAUCUCAGGACACCUGUCCCAGUGUCCGGUAACUUUUUGCAGAUGAAAGUGUACUGUAUAGAGACACCAAACUUUGACUCUUGGGAAAACAUUUUGUUAUGGUGAACAAGAUGCACAAUUGGACCCCUGAAGAAUGUACAGUUACCAAACAGAAACGAGGACAAUUAAAACAGUCUUUACAUUUCAUAUUUAAAUUCGCUGGGAAGAAGAAAAUGGCCUUUUGCUUUCACUUAUCAAGAACCAUUCCACCAAAAUCAGCCUGUAUAUGGAAAUUUAAGUUAUCACUUCAUCAUGUCAUUUCUGUUGUCAUGGAGUGUUUGAAAAGACACAUCAAACAUUUGAUAACUGCUCCAAAUCUUUGAUAAAGAUACAUAAAUAAUGCCAGGGUGGGUUAAAUUUGAGUACAAAUACUUGAGAGAGGGAUGCUGUGUCUUUCCUUAAUAAGGUGAAUAAAAUGACCUUUCGUUAAGCUUGUUUGUUGAAGGGGAACUUCAUUGAUGCAGAACGAUUUUAACAGAUGAGUAACAAAACUGGUGCUCUUUUUCAAAAAAAACAAACAAAAACCUACAUGCUCAUUACCCAGGUGAACAGAAUUUGUAAGAUAAGAGAACCUUACGUUGUUUUUUUUAAUGUUCUGUUUUAUUUCCAGUUUUGCAAUUGUACUUGUUAGUGGUUCUGUUCCUAUUCUUUUUUUCUAUGAUUUUGCCAACUUAUCUUUUUAAACGUCGGUAGUGAAGUGACGAUUGUGCAAAAUUUCGGAUUGAGAAAAAAAAAAAAAAAAAAGGUUCCAGAAAUGCACUACCAUUAUUUUCUGUUACAUAUUCAUGGACCGUGAAACAUCAUUUGAAUUGGUUGUAUCUUUUUCAAUAAAUUUACUACUAAUGCA